AAACCCUAAACCUCAUACCAUCGGUACAAAUUGUUACAAAUGCUACGUGAAGUAAAGACAAAAAACUAGUAGAAAGAGAAAAAGAAGAAGAAACCUGGUCUUCUUCCUCCCUUCAGCUGCCUCCCCAGUCUUCUUUGCUACCGUACUCUCCGUCGGACCUCACGUACGAGCUGCUCCAUGUUCCUUCUCCUUUUCCCGCCAAUCCGCCGUCGUUCGUCCGUUCAGUCGCCAGUCGCCGUCACCUCAAAACUUUUACUCUCCUGCCUGUUCCGAAAGUCGCCGUCCACAUCCCGCUCCGAUACUUUUGUUCUCAGUGUUUUUUGAAGUUCAAUCAAAUAAACAACAAAGGAAGUGAAGCUAAGUAGAGGACUAGAAUGUUUUUGUUCUUCCGCUCUUACUCAGGACCUCUCAGUCGGACCCAACAGCAACUCCACAUUUCUCAGAUACACCUUCGAACAUAUGUAGAUGGCACAAUUAAUUGGGUUCGAGAUCGUGGUCUUGAUCAUGCUGUUGAGAGAGAGAAGAAUCUCCUCCCAGUGAUGAACAUUAAAGAUUUUAUAAAAUCAGAGCCAUCGAAGUCUGUUCCUGUUUCCAUCAUAACUCAGAAAAGGGAAAUUCUAAGAAUUCCAAUGCGUCCUAUUGAUUUGAUCAGAAAAUAUCCUUCCAUUUUUGAAGAAUUUCUUCCUGGAGGCAUUGGAGUUCAACCUCAUGUCAAGCUGACCUCUAAAGUUCUCGAACUUGAUGCUGAAGAACAGCUAACGUAUCAAACUUCAACUUGUAGACAACAGGCUGCAGAUCGACUUCUGAAACUUUUAAUGUUAUCAAGAGUUCAUAAAGUACCUGUAAGUAUCAUUGAUCAAUUGAAAUGGGACUUGGGUCUUCCUAAAGAUUUUGUUCAAAGUAUAGUUCCUGAGUUUCCAGAUUACUUCAAAGUUGUAGGACGUCAAAAUUUUGCAUCUGGAUCAGGUGAUAUGCGGGUAUUGGAAUUGGUAUGUUGGAACAACGAAUUGGCCACUUCAGUUUUAGAGAAGAUGGCUGCAAAAGUAAAACAUGAUACAUCUAAAAGAAUGGAUAUUACUUUUCCUAUGAAAUACUCGAAUGGUUUUGAGAUGGAUAAGAAGUUCAAGAAAUGGGUGGAUGAGUGGCAAAAGCUACCUUACAUCUCUCCCUAUGAAAAUGCCUCACAUCUUUCUCCUAACAGUGAUGAAUCUGACAAGUGGACUGUUGCGAUUUUACAUGAGCUUCUUCAUAUGCUUGUCACGAAGAAGACUGAGAAGGAAAAUAUAUUGUGUAUAGGUGAGUAUUUUGGUCUACGGUCAAGGUUUAAGAGAGCAUUGCUUCACCAUCCAGGGAUAUUCUACAUAUCAAGUAAGGCUGGAACCUACACGGUUGUCUUGAAAGAGGGAUAUAAAAGGGGUUCCGUGGUUGAGAGUAAUCCUUUGAUGAACAUUAGAAACAAGUACCUUCACCUUAUGAACACAGUGGAGGAAGACAGUAAAACAACAACCAAGCAUAUCAGUACUCGCCAACAGAAGCAAGAACAAAAGCAAGAACAGAAAGAAGGGUCAGAUGAUGCAUUUGGGGUACAAAAUGAAGCUGAAUUACUCAACUCCUCAGAUGAUGAAGAUGAAGAUGAAGAUGAAGAUGAAAAUACUUCUAGUCCUCAUACCGUCCGUGCUGACCCGAGAGACAAUGUCCGUGCUGACCUGAGAGACAAUGUCCGUGCUGACCGGAGAGACCACGUCUGUGCUGACCGGGGAGACCAGGUCCGUGCUGACCGGGGAGACCAGGUCCGUGCUGACCGGGGAGACCAGGUCCGUGCUGACCGGGGAGACCACGUCCGUGCUGACCGGGGAGACCACGUCCGUGCUGACCGGAGAGACCACGUCCGUGCUGACCGGAGAGACCACGUCCGUGCUGACCGGAGAGACCACGUCCGUGCUGACCGGAGAGACCACGUCCGUGCUGACCGGAGAGACCAGGUCCGUGCUGACCGGAGAGACCAGGUCCGUGCUGACCGGAGAGACCACGACCGUGCUGAUCGGAGAGACCACGACCGUGCUGAUCGGAGAGACCACGUCCGUGCUGAUCGGAGAGACCACGUCCGUGCUGAUCGGAGAGAGCACGUCCGUGCUGAUCGGAGAGACCACGUCCGUGCUGAUCGGAGAGACAACGUCAGUGAGAGACAUUUUAAUUUGAAAGAAAAUGCUACUAGAAGUAGGGUGACAUUACCAAAGAGAAUGAAUGCAGAAAGACCUAGGGAUGUUACAAGAGAGAGGACGGGUAUGAGCAAGAGACACUCAGUGAGGACAGAGGUUUAGCCUAGUUUUUCUUUGUGUAACUGGCCUUUACUUGUUCAUUGUGUGGGAUAGGCUAACAUUCCCUUCCUUUUCAUUAUUACAAUUAGUUGGUAUUUUCAUUA